UAGAGAGAGGAGAGAGGAGAGAGAGAGGGAGAGAGAGAGAGAGAGAGGGAGCCAGCAGGAAAGGAAAGGAGAAGAGAAAGAGAGAGAGCGACAAAGAGCACCUGGGAGGAUGGCGAGCUGCCCUCACACGCUGGUUCUAUAACUCCCUGGGAUCACAGGGCUUUAUGCAAAGAGCGGGUCGUGCAUUGGUGUCGAGGAGAGAGAAGGGAAGAUGUUGCCUUCACAGGAAGCCUCCAAAAUCUACCAUGACAAUUACAUGCGUAACUCCAGAGCCAUCGGCGUGCUGUGGGCCAUCUUCACCAUUUGCUUCGCGAUUAUUAACGUGGUGGUUUUCAUCCAGCCUUACUGGAUCGGAGACAGUGUCAACACGCCCUAUGCCGGCUACUUCGGCCUUUUCCAUUACUGCGUCGGGACGGGUUUAAACAGCCGGGAUUUAAUCUGCCAGGGAACCUUCUCCGACUUCUCCAGCAUCCCGUCGGGUGGGUUCAAGGCGGCGGCGUUCUUCGUGCUGCUAUCCAUGGUGCUGACUCUCGGCUGCAUCACUUGUUUCACUCUGUUCUUCUUCUGUAACACGGCCACUGUCUACAAGAUCUGCGCCUGGAUGCAGCUUCUAGCAGCUGUUUGCCUUGUGCUGGGAUGUAUGGUAUUCCCCGACGGAUGGGACUCAGAAGCCGUGAGACACAUGUGCGGGGAUAAAACGGGGAAGUACAUACUGGGAAACUGUUCCGUGCGCUGGGCGUACAUCCUGGCCAUUAUCGGAAUCCUGGAUGCAUUAAUCCUCUCCUUCCUGGCAUUUGUACUUGGCAACCGGCAGAACGAGCUCCUUCAGGAAGAUCUCAAGGUCGAGAACAAAGAUUUCACCGGUCCCGCGAGGAUCUGAUGUGAGAUCGAAGUCCAAUGCUGCAGCCACCUCAUAACUUGCCAACAUCACUGAGAUUAAAAACGCCUUUAAUCACUCCACCAACACAACGAUACUGACCUUUUUAACUGAAGAAAAAAAUGGGAAAAAAUAAAGAAUGUCACAAGGGAAAAGCAACCACAAAAAGAAUAAUAAUACAUCUGCAAAGGCUGCCAUGUCCUCUGCUCCACAGGUUAUAGGAAAUUGCUGCUCCAGAGAUAUACUUCCAGCAGUAUUCUCUGCAGAACGACAAGUUAGGCACAGUACUUCACUGCAAGGAGUCUGGAUCAAACAGUAUGUAUUCACCAAACAGGAUUGACUUUGCAGACAUCAGGUGCACACAACCUUUGUGUACAGCAGCGUUGGUAUUUGAUUCUGUACUUCGUUCUGUACUUUCACGACAAGACUGUAAAGUUGAUUUGAUAUUUUUCUGUACAAACAAAAAUGAUGAACUAUAUAGUGUAAAUUCUACUAAAUACAGGGUAAGAUAGGAUAUAGUGGCACAUGUAUAAAGAAUUUUCACAAGAUGUUGCUACGUGCCGGCAGGCUUUCCCAUCGAUCAUUUGUUAUACUGGGGGUGACAGAGGGUAUAUUAUGCAAACUCUUCAGUUUAAAAAAAUAUGCUGCUUUAUUAACCUCCCUCAGCUCCUGGUCCAAAUUGCUGUUCAUAGCAAGGUUAGUCCAGUUUGGCCUAGCGCUCAAAAGAGCUGAUUUGGUCUGGGUUGGGAUCCUUGGUGUUUGCUCUCCAGUGCAAUUGCUUCAAUUUGCACCUUGUGCCGGGAACACUGGUCACUAAGAUGUGUGCAUGUGAAUAACAGGAGAGAGAGCUUUCCAUCCUCCACUUCAUCUGAAGGCCCUCCUCCAUUAGAAUGUACUGCCAGGCAAUGCCCAUCUCCAUCCUAUUAAGACCCAGGUCCAAAUUUUGAAAAUCCAAAAAUGAAUUUUAGUAAGUCUGAAAUUUAAUUACUGACUGAGACCCUGAGUUCAUGGCCUUUGACCCUAAGGCCAACCGCUGGUGCUGACCCCUCUGUACUGAUACCGAGGAUGCAUCGUUCCCCACAACCAUGGGUCAGCUCACCUGCUGUGAUGGUGAAAAGGUAAAUGGCCCACACUUGGGCCCUGGCGUUUGGUGCCACAGUAUUGGCAAUCAGAAGGAGGGGGGUUGAUUCUGAAGGUCAAAUGUGUCCUUGGAUCCAGGCCAUGUGAGAGUGGUGGGACUGGGUUGGCAUUCGAUGAUUUAAAAUGUGUUUGUAAUUGCUUUGUUUAAAAAAAAAGAUUUUAUUUAGGCAAAAAUAAUCCACUGUGCAGAGUCGGAUGGCACGUUGCGGCUCCCUCUUCACUCACCCUUCCUAUUUGACCUGGACUAUAUCUCCCUUUCGUUCUCCUCACGCUGAAUAACAAGCCGGAGGCAAAUGAACUUGAAUUCAUUUAAUAUCUUCAGGUUACAAGAACUGACUCCAAGCCCACCAUGAACCAGAUCUGUGGGCCGUCAGAGUCCCGUGAAUUCCACAGACUCGGAAGCAAAGUGAGCAGAGAGGAAACUUGAGUUGAGUACCGUGGAGAUGCCUUUCGAGGGUUCCAGUUGAGCAGAGAAUAUAGGUGGGCCUGGCCAGAGCUUGCGGAUGGCCACCAUUUCCACGCCAAAUACCUUGCCUUGCAGCAGAUUGUCGAGGUGCCCGGCAAUGAGCAUGAAACAAUACUUUGGCUGCUGCUUAAACAAGGAGAAGACAACUAACAAUAAUGUAUGCUUCGUAGCUUCUACUUACGUUUGUUGAUGCUAAUGGCUCGCCCAUCCAGUGGCAGACAUGGAAAGUUCAUUGUGGAGCGCACAUGAGUGAUCUUGUUCACCCAGUUAAGAAGGAACUUCUGAACCAGGGUGAUCGCAGUGAAAAUUGUAACUGAUUGAGUUCCAGUUCUGAUAUAAUAGUAAAUAACGUUAGUAGAUGAGGUAAAAAAUGAACAGGUAUUUGAAAUGUAGUUUGGAACAUUUAAGAAUCGGAGGCUUCACAUAUUAAUCAUGUUUUACAUUUAGUGAGUACAAAAGUGAUUGGAAGGAAAUUUGUAUUAAGUCGCUGGCACAGUAUAUCUGCCAAGGGUGGAACUCAGUCAUCAAUGAAGAAAAUGCAUAGAAGUGACCAUAGAUGUAAUUCACCACUCUCUUGUAUUUAAUGAUAGCAACUGAAGAUGACACUCUGUCCCACACUCCCAGUGUUUCUGUAAACAGUGAAAAUGGUGAAUACUAAACUGUAGAAAUAACUAUUAUUUUACUCGUAACUCCAGUUUACUUCAUUUAUAGACGUCCUCUAACCCAAGUGGCGAUGCAGAUAGGCUACGCCAAGCUGGGCAGGCCCAAUCAACUAGUGCAACUUCAUCAUUCCCUGUAAACCUAUCGCCAGAAAUUGAGCAUUCAUUUAUUUUAAGACGUCUUUUUGACAGAUUGUAUCACAAAUUAAGAAGAGAUAUUUCUGUACUUCAACAGGAAGUCUCAAUGCCAUUCUGGAUAAUUGCCACCUGCACUUGCAUCCAUAGCGAGGAAGAUAUUUGGCACAAAGUAGCUUGUGAUUAACUAUAAAUCAUAAAAGGGAGUAAGGUGGCAAGGCAAACUUUAAUUAAUCCAUGCCCUACUUUAAACAGCUUUCUCAGAACUGCCCUAGAAAUGAUGACGACUAAAUGGGCUUCAACUUUGCUGAUUAUCGCACUCCAACCCUGAAGUGAGUUUGCGACUGUGUCAGCUGGUAUUUUACCAAAAUAUUCAUAUGUUGAUCGUAUAAGAGCGGACUAUUAACUGAGGGAGUGAGGAUAUCUUUACAACGGUUUCUGUGUAUAUACGUCAAGACUACCUAGAUAUGAGGAGUGGGACAAGUCCACAGGAGCGGCAAGGAGGCACUGCCUCCCAGCGCCACAGACUCAGGUUCGAUCCCGACCUCGGGUGCUAUCUGUGUGGAGUUUGCAUGUGCUCGCGUUGGUUUUCCUCUGGAUUCCUCACACAUCCCAAAACAUACGGGAUUGUAGGUUAAU